AUGAAGUCAGACGAAUACAUGUAUGCACACGUAGAUGCCAACCUAUGCGACAUCUCAAAAAAAAAAAAAAAAAAAAAAAAAUGUGGCUCUUGCGGUAAAGUUGAUAUUUUUUUGCUGUUGCUCUCGCUUUCUCUCUCACUUUUUUUUUCUUUUCUCAAUCUCUAUCUAUCGCUCUGCGCAAUGCCAUGGUGCAACAUUCUUACAAGGAAGGAACGCGAGAAGAACAGACACGCGAGGCGAAGAAUGGGCAGUCACGCCAAAAGAGGGCGCAGGCCAAAAUCGCGCGCGGCAAACUCCAACGCGAAGAAUGCCGAGGACGGCAGCACGGCGACCAGGCAUGUCCCACCGGCUCCUCCGUGCGUGGCGAAGUUGAACGCGCAGCACUGGCAUGUGCUGGAGGAGGGUUGUGCGGACGUGGCGGCAUUCGCGCUGCGGCCAUCGCAGCACGCGCAGCUGUUAGCCUGUGCCGUGCCGCAGCGACUUGUGGAGAUUCUUUUCACCGCACCAUCGUCGGUUGGCCAAUCCCAAGAAGGCGACUGCAGCAAUAGCGGCCAUGCCCCACGGCAACCUCAUUCUGGAGGCUUUUACCUGCAGACUGCCGCCGCGGAGGCUCUUCGAAACCUCGUUGUCAACAGCGCUGAGGAUGCCGUCGUGGAUGUGUUGGCUGCCUCCACCUUUCCUACAAGUGAUUCAGGGCAGCAGUCGCAGCUGCAGCAAGAACAGGGAGAAGGGAGACGUAUCGGGUUUCGUGAAGGACUGGUCACCCUCCUGAUGUCUGCGUGGGACACUGUGCAAAAGACACGUCGGGAGGCGCCUUUGGCCCCACCUGCGGUCGUGAGCAAAAACGAAGAUGUUGGCGCCAUGAGUAAUGAGGAAGAGCGGGUGACGGAGGGAUGUGGCGCGAAUGAGGAUCUUCUGCACGCGCCGUUCAUGAUUGCCUGCCGCGCCCUGGAGGAGGUGCUCCAGCUUAUCGCCGUCUGUGUGGAAGGCAGUGAGAACAUCGCGGAAGCCUUCUCCGCCCCCGGUGUUCUUCACGCAUUAUUGUCCCUGCUGGAGACAACAACCGGUGUCGUGUGGGAAACGUUGCAGCAUCCGGCACUGUUGUAUGAACCUCCCGUGGAACGACGUGGCGUGAUGUGGCUACGGCAAUACAAACGACGUGAGGCGGAGCUUUUGGCGGCAGUGGCUGUUGCAGCGAGUGAAGUGCUGCACCUGUUGAGUGAUGAGAAUGAGGUGCUUGCGUCUCUUCUGCAAUCCUCCGAGGUGAUGGCACCGCAUCAGGCGUUCUUGACCAGAUCCCUUGACGCGACGGCGAUCCUGGCGUGGCUGCGUGCCGAAUCAUCGUUUAUUUCCUCUGCACCUCCACAUGCUGCUGCUGUUGCUGCGGAGUCUGAGACAAAAGACACGGAGGAGGAAAAGGAAGACGCCAUGUUGUUGUCCACUGGCCGUCAGAAUAUUUUCUAUCAGCUAUGUGAAGUCUCUUUACAUGUUCAGGGAACACUCAUGAACUCAGCCCCCAACACGACGAAUGCCGCCCGAGUACUGCCACUUGUUGUAGCCGUCUUGGACGCCCAUCUGCCGCACGAUGAGUGGCGUCGCACUGUGCCACUGUUGCUGCAGGGAUGUGCAUUGAGGGAGGAGCACCGUGCAGUUCUUAUCUGUCGUGCCUUGUGGCGGUUGCGUUGCGAUCAGGCGGCGGUGAAUGUGCUUCAUGCCGUUGUGAACGCCAUCUGCAGCCUCAACGAGGCCGACGCGGACGAUGAGACGGCGUUUCAGCGCAAUCCGCAUUCAACAUUGUUGUAUGGCACAAACGCCAUGUAUGUUGUGGGUAAGCUGAUGAAGGAUGCUCUCCGACUACCUACAGACGCCAAUGGAAAUAAAAAUAACAACAAUAUAAUUAAAAACGAGGAUAACACACAUGUGUCCUCAUUUGAUCCCGUGAACGGCGGGGAUGACGUUGUGGUGGAGCGUGCGCUACGCGCUGCCGCUGGGACCUCCGGCACGGGUGGUCUCAUCACCAAACUACAGCUGCUUGUGUUAUCCAACGAGGUGGGGGUGUGGAGCCU